AUGUAUGUUAUUCAAUUUUUACUAUUUCUCUUUUUUCUUACACCAAUUAAUACAGCAAUUCAACGUUUAACACCAAUAUCAUUAAAUGAACAAAGUUCAAUUGGUACAUCUAUAUAUGAUUUAAGUCGUGUUUAUUCAUCAUCAUCAAAUUUAUAUAAAUUUUCUUUUUUAUCUGAUUCAAGUCCACAUAAUUCAUUUUUUAUAAUUGAUUCUUUAACAGGACGUAUUUCUAUAAAACGUAUGAUUGAUCGUGAAGAAUUAUGUCAAACACAUAUAUGUAAUUGUGAACGUUGUAUAUUAACAUUAGAAAUAAUAGCAUCAUCACAAACAAUUGAUAUAUUAUCAUUAGAUAUAACAAUUAUAAAUAUAAAUGAUAAUCAACCAAUGUUUCCUGUAUCAACAUUUCAUAUUCGAUUAUCAGAAAAUAGUGAUAUUGGUUAUAUAUCAUCAUUUCCAUCAGCAACUGAUCUUGAUUAUCAAGAUCAUGUUGAAUAUCGUAUUGUAUCAUAUGAUGAAUUAAAUGAUCAAGAACUUUUUGAAACAUUUUCUAUUGUUAAUUUACAUACAAAAAAUCAACUUGGUUUACGCUUAUUAAAAUCUCUUGAUCGUGAAAAACGUAAUUUAUAUAAAAUGAAAGUUUUAGCUAGUGAUAGUGAACUUACAGGACAAUUACUACUUGAUAUUCAUAUAUUGGAUUCAAAUGAUAAUGUACCAAAAUUUGAACAUGAACAAUAUUAUAUUAAAUUACAAGAAAAUACUCCUAUUAAUACAGAUAUUCUUCAUAUACAUGCUUAUGAUAAUGAUGAAGGUUUAAAUUCUUUAAUUAAUUAUACAAUUAUAACAAAUAAUCCAUUAUCAUUAUUUCCAUUUGAAAUAAAUACAACAACGGGUAUUAUUAAAUUAAUACAUUUAUUAGAUUAUGAACAAGAAACAAAUUAUCGUUUUAAUGUUCGUGCUUGUGAUAAUGGACCUGAUGCAAUUAAUGUUUAUACACAAGUUCAAAUUGAUAUACUUGAUGUUAAUGAUUGUCCACC